GAUAUUUUCCCAAGACGUCAGACAUACAAUUUUCAAUAAUUUUAAGAUUACAAGAAUAAAUUACAAAUAAAUACUGAAUUAUACUAAAAAACCAUGUCGGCAAGCUUGGCUGCUAGGAGAUCAUUGGGUACUUUAUGGAGGCAAGGAUGGAAUGAAAUUCCAGAAGUAAUGCUUAGUACUGCCAUGGGACUGGCUGGAGUUGGCAUCAGCUGUUAUGCCAUUUAUAGAACCUAUGUACUUGAAGGUGGAGACUACAGAAAAUAUCGAAUGGGAUAUGUUGUAUAUCGCCCUGAUGACCCCAGAGUAGCAAAAAUUCGUCCAGAAGAUCGAUAAAUUAUGAAUGAUAGUAUAUUAUUUUAAAAUUAACAAGUAUAGUUAAUGUAAAUAUCUUAUAUUUUUGUGAUUUUAUUUGUUUGCUCUAAAGGUGUUCUGUUUUGCCUAAGCUCUUAUUCUGGUUCUAAUUACUAUCAGCUUAUUGUGAUCACAAUAAAUCAGGCAUAUUCAUGUAAAUUGUGCACAUUGAUGUUGUAGUCUAAUAACUAUAUGAAAAGCAGCCCAAUUGCUAUCAAAUAAAUUAAUAAAUC